AUGCCAUUAAAUGAAGUAUUACAAUUAACAAGAAUUUAUCAGUCAGUAGAAAAAGGAGAAGUUGCAAAAAAGAAAGAUUUAAAAGAGGCAUUCGGUAAAACAAAUGAAGAUGAAAUUAUAUUAGAAAUAUUAAAAAAUGGAGAAAUUCAAAAAGGAGAGAAAGAAAGAAAAGUACAAUUAGAUUCAUUAAAUAAAGAUAUAAUGAUUUUAUUAACACAAAAACUUAUUCAUAAAGAAACAAAAAAACCAAUUUCUAUGAAAAUGGCAGAAAAACUAAUAAAAGAUUUAAAAUAUAAUAUCGUUACUUCAAAAACAGCCAAACAACAAUCACUACUUAUUCUUAAAUUAUUAAAAAAACAUCCUGAAAUUCCAAUUGAAAGAAUGCCUAUGGUUAUUUCUGUUGAUAUUACUAAAGACCUUGAAGAAGAAAUUUUAAAUUUAAUUAAAGACCAAAUUAAAAAUCAAGUUAUUAAAGAAAGUUCUGAAACAAGAAUUAAAUAUGAAUUUAUUAUUGAUCCUAGUGCUUUUCAUGAAUUACAAACAUUCGCUGAUAAAGUAAAAGAAAAAAUGUUUCUUGAAAUUGUAUCAGUUAAUCAAGAAAUGGAUUAA